AUCUCUCGGUCUUCCUUCACAAACGGUUAGAUAAAAUGUUAUAUCACGGAAAAUAGAAAUGCAGAGUAGAAAUAACGAAAAAUAGAGGAAUAAGAAGACCAACCCAACCAACAUUAACCCAACUCCAUCGUCCUCCCGUUCCAGGUCACCCCAUCACCCCUUCCAGAGCACAAGCAUUCCAUCACCCCAUCGACCCCAGCCCCACCCCUGCCUCCCCUCCCCCCGCCCCCCGAGACAGGAGCACCAUGAAGGCGAAAAGAAUAUUGGUGGUGCUGGUGAUGGCGGCGACGCUGCUGGUGGGGCCGACGGAGGCAGGCUGGCUGGAGAACUUCUCUGAGAAUCUUUGCCGCACGGACAUCCGCUGCUACUCCAAGACCUACUACUGCACACAGCUCCUCAACGUGCAUGCCAUCCAGCGCUCCAUGACCCAGGUCCUCGCCUACUGCUACUCCCUCCUUGGCUCCACCACCCUCAGGACCAACGCGUUUACUGAAGAUGACCUGAUCGCCGUCAUGAGUGGCGUGCAUGGCGAGCAGCUGCCUAACUGUGUGCUGGUGCAGAUGGGGCUGUUGGUGAACGGACAGGUGAACCAGGCCCAGCUGUACCUCUCCCUCGCCAACGUUGUGGUCAGCAGUGAUGCCACGCGGCAGAACAACUUCCUUGACAGUAUCACCACCUGCCCAGAACCCUCCUCCAGACAGCAGCUGGCAACAUUUGGAGCCUGUGUGAUACAGUCUUGUGCCGCAUCCUUGUAGCCCUGCCACCCCAGCACGCUCACCACAGCCUUGGGACCCAUCAACAAACCCGAUACAGGCUCGGGACCCAUCAACGUACCCACUACAGCCUUGAGACCCAGCAACACACACAACACAACCUUUUGAGAUCCCAACAACCCAACACACACAACACACCCUUUUGAGACCCUAACAAGCCCAACACACCCUUUUGAGACCCCCAACAAACCCAAUCUACCCUUGAGCAGCACCUAACACACCCCUCAAAUGGGAUGGCAUCUGUCUCCCCAUCUGUCAACCAAUCUCUUUUUCUUUCUCUAUCCACCAGCACUUUUGAUGACUCUUUCCCUCCACAAACCCACCAAGGCAGUGGUCAUGACAGCAGCCUCCACCUCUGUUGCUCCACCCUGGGCCCACACAAGAAGCUCCUAUCUUUUCCAGUCUGCUGAGCACUGAAUGCAUCCUCAGAGACAAGGUGAUGAAGAGUCACUAAGGUUCAUCCCACGUGUCCUGUUUCAUGCCCAGGUGUACUAUAAGUAAUGAUACAAAUACACACGACUCAUCAUUCAUUGGAUAAUCCUACGCCUUCUCACGGUACUGUGGCUUCCUACUGGAUAUUUAGCACUGGGUCUCAUCUCACUGAUAAACUUAAACUUCACUUGGACAAUGAUCAUUUUUUUUCCAAUAAAGUGUACAGCAUUUAUAUUUUAAGUAUACACUUGUGGUUUAGCUUUGCCUUUAAAAACACUAAUUCAUAUGCAACCAACACGUAUCAGCUCAAAACUGUGGACGUCAAAGUCUUGCACAGUCUUGUAUCCCUUGUGCUAAAGGAGUCAGUGCCAAUAAGGGCAAACAUUGCAAAAAAAAUGAGAAAAAUCACCUCUUCUUGACGAUGGCUUAGUGGACAGCAGUCAUCAGAACAAGGCUGAGGCGCCCAGGCAUGCACAGAGCCUCUCUAAACGAGCUGAAAUGAGUUCCACGUUUGGGUCCAGCCCGCCACUGGAGCACCUGAUGCCCUAUGCAGCCUGGAACACUAAUGCUACAACAACUACAACACUACACAACA